AUGUCGGCACCCCACGAAGGUUCUCUCUUCUUCCGCCUUCCGCGCGAACUUCGCGAUGAGGUGUAUGCUUCGCUACUCGCCCCGCACAACUUCCGCGUCGAGCACGAAGACGACUACGUCGAAUACAAGUACGACCUGCGGCUCUUACGCGUCAAUCGCCAGAUCUACGAGGAAGCCAAGCAGGUCUUCCGCCGCCUGAACGUUUUCGCGCGUAUCGAGACGCCAUGGCCUGAGGCGAAGCAGCACAUCUCCGACGAGGGCCGCGUGCCCAUUAUCGCAACCGGCCCUGCCGCCGCCGCUUUUUCCGCAGUCCACCUCCGCGUCUACAUUGAGGCCUACCAAUACGUCUUCGGCGAGGGGCAUACCCACCACCUGGUUAUCCUGGCCGACCAUCUGCCCUCGUUUUGCAAGAUGUGGUAUUAUUCGGAUUUGAGCCACCCGGGCCUCAACGCCCACCUGCGCCUCACUCUGACAAUACAAGAACCAUUCGCGAACCAAGCAGACAAAGCAGUACCGUCGUCCUUGAAGCGACGGCUGCUGGAACCGUUUGGGGAGAUAAAAGGCCUGCAUGAGCUGCGUAUAGAGGGGCAGGGCGACGGGUCGAUUGAGAAGGAGCUACGCGAUGCCCAGGCUGUGCCUUACAAGAGUGCGGCAGAAUGCUUGGAUGAAGCAACGCGGCUCAAGGACGAGGGUAACGCCGCGCUUCAAAAGAACCAGUUCCGCGAAGCAUUGCGCCGAUACGAAGAGGCAUUCAAGGCGAUGCACAUUGUCGUAUCCGGCAAGAGGCGAUCCAUAUGGGGCAAUGCCUUCUUCGAAGUAAACCUACAUUCCGGUCAAUAUGCAGAGCAGUACGGCCAGCUGGUGCGCCUCAUUCUGCGGGUCAAGCUUGUCGCGAACACCACACUCGCCUACCUGAAGCUCGAGAAUUACCACAUGGCCAAGUUCUGGGGAAUGCGCAGCAUUCAGCUCAUGCGCGAAGGCAUGGGGAUUGAGAAUGACGACGAUGAUGAGCCGAUGUUGGGAUUCGCUGCCGCCAACGAAAUGGGCAAGAUUUACUAUCGGACGGGCCUUGCUUGCAAGGCUCUGGACGAGAGGGAGCAAGCACGAAAGCUCUUGCGUAUCGCUGGUCAGUACCUACCGAGGGAUCCUCAGGUUGCUGCGGCAUAUGCUUCCGUCGCUCUGAGAAUAUUCUAG